CUGCAGGGUCCGGUCCCGGAGAGAGGCGGCGACAGAGUCCAUCCGCUCCACACCUUCUCUGACAGGAUAUUUUUCCCGUUUUGAGUCAAUAGCCUUCAACGUGUAACCUUCUCCGCCCUCAUCUCGCUGAGAAAACCCAGUGGCAGGGAGACACAUUUGAUCUAGUCAUUGCCUUUAGUGUUUUCCUCAGUUCGGUGUGUCAGGCUGCAGAUGCAGAGAGUGGCCGAGGAUCACCAGGACUCGACCAUGGGGAUUUAAACCGAGCAACAAGGGAAGGAACUGACUUUGGUUUGAAAUCCUGAGAAGAUCAUGCAACAUCUCAAGAUAUGGCGAUCUCUGCUUCUUUUUGUCAUUUUCUUCCAGCCGGGGAUCUCAGACAAAUACGGAUGUCUGUUUGAGAGGAAACUCUGCCCAUUGGAACAGUUCUGUUCAAAUGAUGGACUGUUUGGCCAGUGCCGGAGCUCCAAGCAGGACCAGGUCCAGUACCAGGUGUCGGUGCCGGUCCUGAAGAGGAUGCAGGAGGUCCUCAAACAGCUGAUGAUGCAUGAUCUGUCAUGGCAGGAUGACAUCACCCAGUACAUCAUAUCCAGGGAGCUGAAGAGAGUUCCUCACACGACGCGCCACGCUAAGGCCCCCCCUCCCUCCUCCCAGUCCAGGCAGCAGAACCACCGCCACAGCGCCAAGCCCCCGUCCAUGCCCCCGGCGGAGAACUACCUGGACUACAUGAUCGUCGAGCCCCCCCGGUCCCCCCUCCACAUGCAGACUGCCUCCAUGGACCCCUACGCAUACCAGCACCAGCACAGGUACGCAGACGAGGUGGAGCGAUCCUUACACCCCAUUGGUGGAGGGCUCAGCUAUGGCCGUCCCUCUGCACGCUCACAGGCCAAUCAGAGAGAGCGGGAGCGGGAGCGUGACAGACAGAUGCUGCAGGAAGCCAUGUCCCUGUACCUGACGUCUGACCAGCCCUCCCACCGGCACCGCGGAGCCGCGCCCAUGACCCCCGCAGGCCUGCCGUACUACGAUGACCUGGAACUGGAGCUGCCGGUAGACUAUGUGGAAGACUACACCCUGGAGGAGAGAGUGGGUACUGUGGCGCGGCCCCCGCCCCCGCAGCAGAAGAAGAAGCCCCUUCAGGACCGCCUGCCAGCCACCAACGACGGGUUACAGCAGCGCAUGUCCGGGGUGCUGGAGGGCUAUGGGAUGGAUCCCAGGAAGCUGAGCCCCCAGCAGCUCUACAGACUGGCCCUCAUCCUGCAGCUGAUCCAGGCCGAGGACCGGACAGAGCCCUUAGAGACGGAUCUUCUGGCCCUCAAAGAGACCCAGCUGGUGAAGAAGCCGGAGGGCAAGGCACCCAGCUCCACGGAGAAGGCUGCUCUGCCCCCGGCCGCCCCUGUAGCAGCGGCCCCCGGCCCGAGCAGGUCCUCCACCCCCUCUUCUCCCUCCGCCCGGGCCCCUCCCACCACCGCCACCGCUGCCGCCGGUGUAGCCAAGGCUCCGGGCCUGCCGCCCCCCGUCCCGCCCGGCCCCCCUGCCCAGCCCGGGGCAGCGGAGGCUGGGCAGGGGCUGAGGGACCAGGCGGUGCAGCUGGACGAGGGCUCCAGAGCCAAGGAGGAGUACGGCUACAUCGUCACCAACCAGAGCCCCCUGAGUCUGUAUGAUGGAAUCAAGCUAUUGGAGCUGUUGGCUGAUAAAAUUCACCUAGCAACGAGCAGCUUCAUCAACAUCAGCGUGGUGGGGCCUGCUCUGACGUUCCGUAUCCGCCAGAACGACCUGAACAUGACGGCGGCAGAGGUAGCAGCUAAAGCAGUGUCAGAGAAGAACUUCCUGGAGUCUGAGAGCAGCCUGAAGAUAGUACAGACGGGGACUGGAGAGAGAACAGAUGUACGGGGUCUCCCCCAGGUCACCAGGGUCUCGCAGGGGUCAAGCGGGACGGUCAUCACACUGGUCUCCAUGGCAGUUGUGGGAGGACUGCUGGUAUUGGCCAUGGCGGCUGCUUGUCUCAGGCACCACACUAACCACCUGGCCAAUGGGAAGCUUGGCCUGGGGCCGGAGGGCGGAGCCGAAACACACUUUGACUACCAGGAGCUGUGUCGGCAGCACAUGGCCUCCAAGUCCUCCUUGUCCCGGCACGACAGCGCCAGCGGGGGCGGUGCCGGGGGGGGCAGCCUGGCCAGCGGCACCGUGACGGCAGCCGGGGCGGGGGGCCGCCGCGGGACCGACACCUCGCGCGUCAGCAGCGUCUCCUCCCAGUUCAGCGACGGGCCCCAGCACAGCCCCUCCUCCACCCACAGCUCCACCCCCUCCUGGAGCGAGGAGCCCGCCCAGUCCAACAUGGACAUCUCCACGGGCCACAUGAUCCUGGCCUACAUGGAGGACCACCUGAGGAACAAGGACCGCCUGCAGAAGGAGUGGGAGGCACUGUGCUCCUACCAGGCCGAGCCCAGCUCCGUGGCCCUGGCCCAGAGGCCCAGCAACAUGGAGAAAAACCGCCACGCCGACUCACUGCCAUAUGACCACUCUCGAGUGAAGCUGAAGAUGGAUGUGAACCCAACUAAGGAGGACUACAUUAACGCCAGUAUAAUAAUCGACCACGACCCCCGGCUGCCCGCCUACAUCGCCACGCAGGGCCCGCUGCCCCACACCAUCGCCGACUUCUGGCAGAUGGUCUGGGAGAACGGCUGUACGGUCAUAGUGAUGAUGACGGCACUGGUGGAGGACGGAGAGAAGCAGUGUGAGCGCUACUGGCCUGACGAAGGCUCCUCCCUCUAUCACAUCUACGAGGUGAACCUGGUGUCGGAGCACAUCUGGUGUAAGGACUUCCUGGUGCGCAGCUUCUACCUGAAGAACGUGCAGACCCAGGAAACCCGGACCCUCACCCAGUUCCACCUGCUCAGCUGGCCUGCAGACGGCAUUCCCACCUCCACACGGCCCCUGCUCGACUUCCGCAGAAAGGUCAACAAGUGCUACCGAGGUCGCUCCUGUCCCAUCAUUGUUCACUGCAGCGGCGGCACGGAGAGGACCGGCGCGUACAUCCUCAUCGACAUGGUGCUGAACCGCAUGGCCAAAGGAGUGAAGGAGAUCGACAUCGCAGCCACAUUGGAGCACAUCAGAGACCAAAGGCCUGAGCUUGUUCGCACCAAGGACCAGUUUGAGUUCGCCUUGACGGCCGUGGCAGAGGAGGUGAACGCCAUCUUGAAAGCCCUCCCACAGUGAGAAGCAGUACCUAAGGAAGAACCUGUAUCGGACACACACACACACACACACACACACACACACACACACACACACACACACACACACACACACACACACACACACACACACACACACACACACACACACACACACUCCACACACAUACACACACACACUCCACACACACACUCCACACACACACACACACACACACACACACACACACACACACACACACACACACCACACACACGUACAAAAUACACACACAGACACAUGCUCGUUCAACAUCAUUGGCAUCCCAUGAGCCGACAGAAAGUGGAGUUGAUGCACGGUAGCCCGUAUGGAAAAACAGGGUGUACAUUAGAAAUUAGCGCAUGACAACAUGCCAAUGAUGUAAACAACAAUUAUUAUUCCUUCAGAAAUCCCUUUGUACUAACUGGGAGUGAUUCCCGGGUCCCAGUAUUAUUCUAUCUCUGAUCUUGACCAGGAAACAAUGUCUGUUAUUGUGCUGUUCUCUCCAGCCCGUUUAUUUGAAAUGAAACCGGGGGUACAUUGUACAGUAAAGAGGAAGCUUCUGUUGCUUUUUGCCAUCAGAGAACAUCAUUGGGUGUGUUCGCUAAGGACACAUUCAUAAAAGCAGUUGAUGCACUGCACUCAAACAAUGACUUCAGAUAUGGUUUGGGGUCGGGAGUGGCAGCCAUCGUCGUGAUGUCUUUAAAGAUCUUUAACUUUGUAGAUUCUGUCCCUUCUAAUCUGUGUGGUGUCGUGGGGGAUGCGAGCUGCAGUCAUCUUGUGUUGCCGUUGAUAUAACAUCUAAUAGGUUCCAACUCAAGUGUCUAUGCCUUGACAAAAUGAUUGUCUGCCUGAGAACUGCACACUGAAACAUCUAGACACACUCGACACACAAAUACACACACAUGAACACAAUCACACACAAAUACUGUCUACAGUUUCUUUCACGGAUUUGUCUUCAGUGUGUUAUAUUGUGAUUACUGUAAAUAAUUCACCGCCAUUAAUGUCUUUCUUUAAUGUAGCAGACACAUAUAAAAUAACUAUAAAAAUGUAUUUUUGACUUGCCCUGAAUAAAUUUGUGAUGUGACGCAGCAUUUAA